CCCCUCUCGUUGUUAAUCCACAUCCUGCAAAAUCCCAUUCAUUUUUCCAGGAUUUACUAGGGAAGUUCUGCGCUGCAAACCUUUGAUAUUUGCACAGCACUCAUGGAAGUCAGUGGAAGUUCGUCAGAGAAGAAAGAAGCAAAUGAAGUUGUCGUCGUGAUCCCAGGAGCUGAAUGUCAAAGCAGACGUUCUUCACCAAAACCAAACACUGAGCCAAUAGAGCUUGAAAAUCCACCAUCAAGUUCACAUGUUUCCAAUUUGACAAGCCCCUCUGCUCAACAGCUUACUCAGUUGACCGCGGCUCCAAGUAAGCUUCCAAGCGUCCCGACCAAAAGGUCCACCUCGCAGUCUUCAUUUGCGAAGCUGAAGUCGAGAAUCAUGGAACCGGCUCAUCCUAGCACAAAUGCAGAGGAGGACGACGACCGGGAGGUGUGCGAGACUGCACAUCUGGAGUCCCGAGGGAUGUUGGGUGAAAAGAAGUUUGUUUUGGCUCAGUGGGUUGCGUUUGCUUGCAUCAUGGGGCUUCUUAUAGCGAGUUUAACCAUUAGUAAACUGCGAAACAAAGUUAUUUGGGAAUUGCAACUGUGGAGGUGGUGUUUGCUGAUGUUGGCAAUCUUUUGUGGUCGUCUGGUGACCGACUGGUUGAUCAACAUAUUGGUUUUCUUGAUUGAGAAGGAUUAUCUGCUCAAACCGAAUGUCCUGUACUUCCUCUUUGCGUUGAAGGACAGUACCGAGGUGUUCGCCUGGUUAUGUCUGGUCCUUUUAGCCUGGGUUUGGCUGAUAAAUCCUGGAGUGAAGCGAUCUAGACACACGACCAAGAUUCUGAACUGGGUCACGAGGGCGCUUGCUUCUUGUCUUAUGGGAGCUGCCUUAUGGCUGGUCAAAACAUUCCUAAUAAAACUGCUUGCUGCUUCUUUUCAAUGCAAGAGAUUCUUUGUCCCCAUUCAAGAAUACGUCUUCCAUCACCACGUGAUAAGAACCCUUUCCGGCCCGCGUCCCCUGGAAAGUGCCGACAAGUCAGUUAGGACGAGAUUUAGCAUCAGAGGCAUGGUGAGGAAGCUAGAGGAGGUGAACAUAGAGAAGCUAAGUAAGAUGAAGCGGGAUAAAGUCUCCGCUUGGAUGAUGAAGGGGUUGAUUCAAAUCGUUAGCUUCUCGGAGCUAUCGACUCUUACCGGUUCCCUUGACAGAAUUGACGAUGAUAAGGCAGAUAAGGACAUCACUGGUGAAAAGGAAGCCAAGAAAGCUGCUUCUGCGAUAUUCAAGAAUGUAGCGUCAGAGAGCGAGUUUAUCGAGGAAAAACACCUCUUGGACUUCAUGAAGAAGGAAAACGUCGAAAGGUUCAUCUAUUUGUUUCCAGGAGAGGCAGAAUCUCGGAAGAUCAAGAAGUCGUCUUUGAAGAUCUGGCUUGUGAAUGUCUAUCGUGAGCGGAAAUCACUCAUUCGCGCCUUAAAGGAUGCGAAAACAGCCAUCGAGGAGCUGAACAGCCUUGUCUCAGCGGUUUUGCUCGUCGUGGUCAUCAUUCUGUGGCUGCUUCUGACAGGAUUAAUGACGACGCAAAUGCUCAUCUUUGUUUUGUCACAGCUUGUGCUUUUUGGGUUCAUUUUUGGGGACUCUGCCAAAAACUUGUUCGGAGCUAUUGUGUUUGUGUUCGUGAUGCAUCCAUUCGAUGUGAGCGACCGCUGCGUCGUCGAUGGGGUUGAGAUGGAGGUCGUGGAGAUGAAUAUCCUGACUACCGUCUUCCUAACAAACGACGGCGAAAAGUUAUUUUACCCGAAUUCAGCUCUGGCCUCUAAACCCAUCAGCAACCUCGACAGGAGCUCGAACAUGAGCGAAUCUGUGGAGUUCAUGGUCGAUUUCUCCGCUUCAAUCGAGAGCCUUGGAGCUUUGAAAGAUAAAAUAAAAACGUACUUGGACGGAAAGCCGAAAAUCUGGAAUCUGGGUCACAGAGUUGUCGUUAAGGAGAUUGGGGAUGCUGGCCACUUGAAGAUGGCUCUCUGCGUCUCCCACACGAUGAAUUUCCAAAACGCCGCGGAAAGGACCGAGCGGAGAUCCAAUCUAGUGCUGGAGCUGAAGAAAAUCCUCGAAGAACUCCAUCUCCAGAAGCGUGUGCUUCCGCAGUAAGUCCAUCUCAGUCAGGCCGGGUCGGCGGCCGCUACUGUGCACGGUUUUGACGACUCCAGGAGUAUUGCGAUUCC